AUGGAACCAUUCCAGCAUGUUAGGCACUUGCAGUAUUAUAGGAGAAGACUGAGAAUGAAUCAGGCUGGAGCUAAUUGUAAUAGAAAGAUCUGGUUUUUUGUAGCAGAUAAUAUAGAGGUGGAAGUUCUUUCAGAUAGUAAGCAGCAGAUUUCUUUAAAAUUGGUCUUUCAUGAUACUGGUAAAAGUUUGGUUACUACUUUAGUUUAUGCCAAAUGUAAUGAGGUGGAGAGACUACAACUAUGGGAUAGCAUUUAUAGUGUGGCAAAUAGUAUGUCACUUCCUUGGAUGAUAGGGGGAGACUUCAAUGUGGUGUUGAAUGAUGAAGAGAAAAUAGGAGGGAUACCUGUUCUUGCUCAAGAUAUUGAAGAUUUUGCUUUUUGUAUCAACUCUUGUGAAUUGGAGGAAAUUCAGUUCAAGGGCAGCCCUUUCACUUGGUGGAAUGGUAGAGCCUCUAAUGACUGUAUCUUUGAAAGAUUAGAUAGGAUGUUGGUGAAUUCACAGUUACAAAACUGGUUUAGUCAUAUGGAGGUGGAACAUGAAUCUUUCUUUGACACAGUUGAGCAGAAUUGUCCUACUUGGAUGCAUGAAGAUCCUUUUAUCAGUUUCAAGCUGAAGUUGAAGCAUAUGAAAAGGGUGCUAUCUCCAUGGAGUAGAUCUACUUAUGGUGAUAUCUUCAAGCAACUGAUCAUCAGAGUGGAAAUAUACUUACACUAUGAUGAGGAAUAUUGGAGACAAAAGUCUGGUAUUGACUGGUUUGUGGAGGGUGAUAGAUACACCAAAGUUUUUCAUAAUCUGGUGAAAGGUAGGAGGAAAAGGCUACAAAUUCAGAGGAUUCAUGAUCUUGAUGGUAACUGGUUAGACAAUGAAGAGGAAAUGGCAAAUGAAGCAGUAAAGUUCUAUCACAAGCAGUUUAUUCAGGAGGAUAUGGGCCAUACAAAUGAGGAUAUUCUACAACAUAUUCUAUGCAUGUUGGAUCAGGAGAGCAAUGAAAUGUUAUGUAAGGUUCCUUUAAGUGAGGAAGUGAAAGCAGCUGUGUUCAACCUCAGCGGUUCUAGUGCCAGUAGACCAGAUGCUUUUCAGGUUUAUUCUAUCAAGUUAGAGAAGGUCCUUCCUAGUCUAAUCUCUCCUCAUCAGGCUGGUUUUGUGAAGGGUAGGAGUAUAAUUGAAAAUGUUUUGCUCACACAAGAAGUUGUCACAGAUAUUAGGAAGAGGGGCAAACCAGCUAAUGUGGUCUUAAAGCUAGAUUUGGCAAAGAUGAGAUUUUCAGGAGUGUUCAUUGAUAGGAUAUGGAGACUGAUAGCAAACAACUGGUAUUCAAUUUUGUUUAAUGGUAAAGCUAGAGGUUUCUUUCAUUCUACAAGAGGUGUCAAACAAAGUGAUCCUUUGUCACCAGCUUUGUUUAUAUUGACAGCAGAAGUGCUAUCAAGGGCAUUAAACUCAUUGUAUGACAACAGUUUGUAUGUAGGGUAUGGCUUGCCUAAAUGGAGUGCCAACAAUAACCAUCUUGCAUAUACAGAUGAUACCAUAACAUUUGCAUUUGCUGAGAGGAAUUCCUUAGAAAUGAUCAUAGACAUUCUCAGAGACUAUGAAGCUAUAUCUGGUCAACUGAUUAAUAUUGAAAAAAGUGCCUUCAACAUGUAUCAUAAAGUGGCAGAUAGAGUGAUGCAGGAUAUGCAGCAGGUGACAGGUUUCACAAAGGGACAGUUCCCUUUCAAGUACUUAGGGUGUCCUAUUUUUCAUGCUAGAAAGAAGAAAGUCUACUACCAAGAUUUCAUCAAGAAAGUGAAGGAUAAAUUGCAAAGUUGGAAGGGCAAAUUGAUGUCAUAUGGUGGUAAAGCUGUGUUGAUAGGGAGUGUUCUACAAAGUGUACCAGUGUAUGUGCUAUCUGCUAUAGUACCUACUAAAUACACUUUAAAUGAGCUCCAUAGGAUCUUUGCAAGGUUUUUCUGGAGUAAUAAGGAAGAGGAUAAAAGCAAACAUUGGGUAUCAUGGAAGAAGAUUUGCAUGCCUAAAGCUGAGGGUGGACUAGGAUUUAGGUCCUUGUUUGAUAUUUCUAAAGCUUUGUUUGCUAAGUUAUGGUGGAGAAUUAGGACCUCAAAUUCUUUAUGGUCUACUUUUCUGUGGAAUAAAUAUUGUAAGAAGCUUAAACCAACAAGCGUACAAUGGAAGGGUGGUUCACAAGUAUGGACAAAGAUGUUGUAA